CGCGGGGUUUCCCUUUUUCCAGAGCGCUUUUCUCCCGCGCGCGCGAGCUUCGCGUUUCCUCCCUUGGCCCGGAGCAGGGUGAUAUUUGCAGAACAGGAAAUUGAAAAAUGGGGAGACCCAGGAAAACGUCUGGCAAUGUUGCAUCUCCACGACCAGCUGCUGCAGCCCCAAAAGCAGGUCGGGUUGCUCCUCAAUCAUCUGCCUCUUCCAGGUCAACCCCUGCAACCUGCGCAGACCCAACGGGUCCUGCUCCUAAGAGUGGAAGUGGUAGAGGAUCAUGCCCAGAGAAGGUAGCCUGUGCCACAAAGCCCAGAGGAGCAAGGCAGAGUGGCCAGCCAAGGUCUGCAGCAGCCUCUGAUGGCCAACGAACAGACGCAAGGAACAGCAGCGGAGCAGUGGCCAAGAGCUCCACUGCAUCGGGUGGAGCAAAGUCUUCUGCUGCUUCUGGUGGCCCGUUACAGGCCAUGAGCAAAACCCAAGGCAAAGGGAGGGACCUGCCUGCGCCCCUUCCCCCUGAAAAAGUGGCUGAGAUCGAGAGGAAAACACGGGGUCAGCGGACAAACCCCGAAUGGCACAGUUGGCGGGCGAACCGCAUCACGGCCUCCAUCGCUCCCAAGAUCUCCAACAGCAAGUUUGCAAAUGGCCGGACCUCAGAGGUGCCUCAGUCGUACCUGAAAGCGGUGGUGGAACCGGGUUCUGCGGUACAGACCCCGGCCAUGUCUUGGGGUGUCCGCAACGAGAAGAAGGCAGUGCAAGCCUAUGAAAUCCUCAAGUCCAGCACAGCAAGGAAGAAGGUGAGUGUGCAUGACUGUGGCCUCUUUGUGGACAAAGAAAAGACGUGGCUGGCUGCCAGCCCUGAUGGCAUUGUCCGGGAAGCGGAUACCGGCAAGGAGCUCGGCCUCUUGGAGGUCAAGUGUCCCUACAAACACAGAAAUAAGACCGUGACUGAAGCAUGCAAAGACAAAACUUUCUGUCUGGAAAAGGAGGGUAGUUCCUACUCAUUGAAGAAAAACCAUCACUAUUAUGCACAAGUUCAGUAUCAGUUGGGAGUCACCCGCCAAAAGAAAGCUGAUUUUGUUGUUCACACCAGCAAAGAAACAGCAAUCGUCCCGGUGGAUUUUGAUCCUGUUUACUGGAAGCAAUCGGUACCCAAGCUAGAGAAAUUCUACACAGAUGCUGUAGUCCCUUAUCUGGAGGAGAAGAGCAGCUCUGCAGCCUGGGUGAAGGAAGAAUGAAGCUGGGGAGUUUCUAGUUUUUUCUUCAGAGAUGUGCCUUCAAACGUUAUCUAUCCUCCUUUGCUGUUUCAUCUCCAAGAGGACAGAAGGAGCUGUUGCCUUUGCGUUUGAAUGCAGCUUUGUACAUAGAGCAGCCUAGAGCAUAGCCUGCCUGCUCUCUGUGUGCCUGUCCGCUAGCAGUUUAGAACAGCAGGGCUCCAGUGGCUGCAUUCCUCCCAGAAGCAUGUGAAAAAACACUCCCAGACCAGUGUUUCUCAACCUUGAGAACUUUAAGAUGUGUGGCCUUCAG